UAGGCCAAGUUGCUGCCUUGUUGUAAAGUGUUUUACUAUAAAACCUCAACUAAAGCCCACACAGCUGAGCACACCUUGCUUAAACCCUAAACAGAAGCCACCCCUUGCUUCUAAAACCCUAAACUUUGAAGAGAAAAUGGCAAGCAAAUCAUCAAAGAUGAAAUUUGAGUACGAGGAAGAUGAAAGCUCCAACGUUGAGGUGGAAGAAGACACUGCCAUGUGUGACUCUAUGGUGGACAGCGACAAGACUAGUGCUGAUUAUUACUUCGACUCAUAUUCUCACUUUGGUAUUCAUGAAGAGAUGUUAAAGGAUGUGGUGAGAACUAAGACUUACCAAGAUGUUAUUUACAAAAACUCCUUCUUAAUCAAGGAUAAAGUGGUCCUUGAUGUGGGUGCCGGGACGGGAAUCCUGUCACUCUUUUGUGCAAAAGUUGGCGCCAAACAUGUUUACGCGAUUGAGUGCUCCAGCAUGGCUGAUAUGGCCCAAGAAAUUGUAAAAAGCAAUGGGUUCUCAGACGUUAUAACUGUUAUCAAGGGAAAGGUCGAAGAGAUUGACCUUCCGGUUCCAAACGUGGAUAUAAUUAUUUCUGAGUGGAUGGGAUACUUUCUACUUUAUGAGAACAUGUUAAAUACUGUCUUGUAUGCUCGUGACAAAUGGCUGGUAAAAGAUGGUCUUGUGCUGCCAGAUAAAGCUUCUUUGCAUUUAACAGCAAUUGAAGAUGCUGACUACAAGGAUGAGAAAAUCGAAUUCUGGAAUAGUGUGUAUGGUUUUGAUAUGAGCUGCAUUCGGAAGCAAGCUAUAAUGGAACCACUUGUUGAUAAUGUAGAUCAGAAGCAGAUUGUUACAAAUUGCCAAUUACUCAAGACAAUGGACAUCUCUAAGAUGGCUACUGGUGAUGCUUCCUUCACAGUUCCGUUUAAGCUAGUCGCAGAACGUGACGAUUACAUCCAUGCCCUUGUAGCUUACUUUGAUGUCUCUUUCACGAAGUGUCACAAAUUGACGGGCUUCUCCACAGGACCAAGGUCUCGUGGCACACACUGGAAGCAAACGGUUCUCUACCUGGAAGAGGUGCUUACUUUAUGCCAGGGGGAAGCUGUAGUUGGGAGCAUGACUGUGGCGUCUAACAAGAAGAAUCCUCGAGAUCUUGAUAUAGUGCUCAAGUACUCAGUAAAUGGCCGGCGUUGUUCUGUUUCAAGAACUCAGUCUUAUCGGAUGCGAUGAUGCUCUGUUGGAGAGCAUACGUUUUCUGCUUGUCCCUCUUUGUCCUAAAGCAGAACGGUUGUUGCACCGGAUAUCUAUAUGCAGCACUGAUCAUUUUCAACCCGGUUCAUUUUUCCCAAAGGCAAAUACGAGUUUCUGCCUAUCGUUUCUGCUGAUUCUUUCUCCUACCCAGCUGUGGGUUAUUGUCCUUUCUAUUUGUGGUUUGCUACACAACUUAGUUUUUUUGGCUGCAUUUGUAUCUGAGUCCUAAAAGGACAAUUUAUUUAAAGGGUGCUUAUGAAACGAUGAUAUUCUUAUUGGUUGUA